AUGUUUUCAAAGACUGACAAACGGGCCCCGGAGGGAGGGCGCAAGGGAAACAGCCAAGACCAUCGUGGCACGCCCGAGGCUCCCGGUCGGGUAGUGACGCUGAUUGACCGAGAAUUUUGGGCCUCGCUGGUGGACGCGCACGCGUCGGCCCCCGAAAAGGUCUGGGGCGUCGCGUACCGGAUCGAGGCGGCCCACGUGGACGAGGUCCGGGACUACCUGGACAUACGGGAGAUCAAUGGGUACACGAUCCACUACUCGCCCUUCCAGCCCGCGGCCGCCGGAGCUGCGCCCAUCCGCACUCUUGUUUAUAUCGGCACCCCCGAUAACGACCAGUUCACCGGCCCUCAGGAUCCCCAGCAGCUGGCCGAGCACAUUUGGCGCAGCGAGGGCCCCUCGGGCCUCAACCGCGAGUACCUCUGGAACCUGGAAAAGAGCCUCGACGAGCUGAGCCCCGAGAGCGGCGACGAGCACGUUACGGAUCUGUCGAAUCGGGUCCGGGAGAUUGACGCGAGGCACAACAAGGGCCUCUCGGUAAACGGUACCGCUAUUCAUCAUGAUGAAGAACCGUCCUCGCCGCACGAGUUCCGCAAGGUCCGGAGCGUGGACGAGCAGGAGGAGACGGAGUAG